AUGGGAUGGGACUGGGCAGUCGGCGGAAUAUCCGAUGAGAUUCCGAGGACAACGGGACCAGAAUGCAUCAACUACAUGACAGAUCGACGUCGCUGGUUGGAGACGAUACUACUGUCCGCCCUCUUCAUCUUUAUAAUGCACCGCUCCUGGCAACGCCUAGCGCCGAUUAAACUUCCGCCGCCGAACGAGAUACAGAAGCCACACAGUCCUACAAGACUGUUUCUGCUUAUAGCCUUGUCAAUGAUCUUUGGCAUUGAGAUGGGCUUCAAACUCUCCGGACAGUCAAUGAUUUUCGCCUUGAAUCCAUGUCAUGUCCAGUCCUGUCUGCAGAUUUAUCUUUUGGCCGCCAAGCCGACGAAGACGACGACAGCGCUCUUUCGUAUACAGAUGAGCAAUCUGAACGGCCCAUUUCUGGCUUUUCUUUUCCCCGAGGUGGAGGGCCGGACAUAUCCCUUCGAGCAGGCCACCUAUUGGAUCCAGCAUGCACUGCUCUAUAUAAUACCGAUUUACAUUAUCCGAAGCGGAGCGUACACUGUCGAGGACCUCAGCGAGUUCCACUGGUCCCAUAUAGGUACCGCCUUCAUGCUGUUUUAUCACUUCGCUCUGCUCUCUCCGCUCUCGAUUUUUACUGGUAUCAAUCUGGACCACAUGCUCUGUGCGGCGAUGUCAGAUCCGUUCCAGGGAUCAAAUUACCGGAUAUUUGCGUGUUGCCACCAAACACUGCUCUGUCCGCUGCUGAGCAAGGGCACGGUGGUGCUGUUCGGACGCCGGAAUUGGAGCAGUAGCGGCCUGAACGGAGCGGGAAGUAUGCCGGAGACGAGGAGCGAGGCCGCCCAGUAUCACCAAUUAACUCAAGGUGACUAUGCCAUGCAGGAGGAGGCGAACUUGCGACACCGAUAUAGCAACCAGGAAGCGGUGGACGAUGGACACCCGCAUGACGCGGGCGAAAUGGCGUCCCUUACAGCGGAGUACACCAUGCCAACAACCAAGAUCGACUAGUACUUACUGCGUCUAUUAUGCCUGUCAAUUCACGAGCCACUACGGCUGCGGUCCACGUUUUGCAGAUAGCCGCAUUGCCCGAUCAUACUAAAAUAUGAAGGAUUUUGUGAGAUCUGAGAGAGGUGAAUGUAUUUAACAAAGACGUGUAGAUAAUAACAAAUAAGGCUAAUUUUCAUGCUCAUCGAGGUUAUACUUCUAAACAAAACAAACACCACUCAAGAGUUAUCGAGUUAAUUCUUACUUUGAAGAAAAAUCAAAAGUUACACCACUUCAAUGAUUAAUAAUAGUGUACGUGUCUUAAAUUGUAAGCCUAUAGCGAUCAACAGAUAAAUUCAAAAAUCAAAUCGAGCGCCAAGGGACGGGCAACUCAAAAGGUCUGUGUUCGGUCUGGCAGCACUGUCCAAGUGAACUGUGACCCGUUUAUCUGCAGCUGUUGCCGAAUCUUAAAAUAAAUAAUAAAUAGUCGAAACGGC